GCGUGACGUAGAGGUCGUGUAGCCGGAACAGGAGCUAAUGAAGAGAUUUUAGCGGCGAAAUGUCUACUGGAGUGGGAAAACACAAGAUGCUGUCUCUUGGACCGACCGAGCCGUGGUCCGUCCGUGAGAAGCUCUGCCUUGCUUCCUCUGUCAUGAGGAGUGGAGAUCAAAACUGGGUGUCUGUCAGCAGAGCAAUCAAGCCGUUUUCUGAACCAGGGAGGCCUCCAGACUGGUUUUCCCAAAAGCACUGUGCCUCCCAGUAUUCUGAGCUGCUGGAGACCACAGAAGCCCCAAAGCGGAAGCGUGGGGAAAAGGGAGAGGUGGUGGAGACCAUUGAGGAUGUAAUCGUGCGCAGACUUACUGCCGAGAGGAUCGAUGAGCUCAAAAGGCUCCUCAAGGACACGCAGGAGAAAUACAGAAAGCUAAAGAAAGAAGCGGAUUUGAUUCAGGCGGGACACAUGGAUCCCAGACUGGACGAGCUCUGGGGAGAGAUUGAGCAAAAAAAGAAACAGGAGGAGGAGGAGGCUGAGCAGAAGAGGAAGGCCACCGAGGCAGCCUAUCAGGCCCGUCAGGCAGCUAAAAACGCACCAAAGAGGCUCCCCAGUGUGACGGUCCGCUCACCGCUGGGGGCGGGCUCCCCCAGCAUGGAGUUACCGCACCCAGAUACUCCUCAACCAACACCAGAUGAGACUUCUUGCCCAAGUCCGAUGGCACAGGGUGUGGCCGUAUUCAUGCCCGUGACCGAGGCAGCUGCCCCGGGGCCUAAAGAGGCGAGCCUGGGCGCCGUGGUAGACGAAUCCCCACAGAAGAAGCUCCUGAGUCAGAAGGCCACACCCCCACCCUCCCCUUUGCUCUCUGAACUGCUGAAGAAAAGCAGCCUGCUAUCAGCCAGCCCCAGACUGGUGGUGGAGGCAGAGGUGACAGCAGCCCUCAGCAAUGGUGCGCAUGGUGUUGAGGUUCACACUUCUCCCGCUGCCCUACCCGCGGGCCACGACGUCUCCACAGAUGCGCCUACAUUAUCCCGUCUGUUGGAGAGCGCCCCCCCAGUCCAGAUGCCAGCCAGCGCUGAGCCUCUUAAUGCCCCUGUAGCUCCCCAAGCUCACGGACACCACUUUAUACCCAGCCCAGGAGCCGCGGUAGCAGAAUGUUCGGCUCCUGAGGCGGUGCUGGCGGUGCAGUCUGGCUCAGCAGAGACCGAGGGCAGAGAGACAGAGCUGGUGGAGGAAGACCUGGUCGCCGUGUCUUACAUGGGAGAAGAGCUGGACCUGGAGACAGUGGGGGACAUUAUAGCUAUUAUUGAAGAGAAGGUGGACGACCCUGUGGAGGUUCUGGAUGUUGCAGAGGUUGAAGCUGCUCUCUCUCUGUGCGACGACGCCGUGGCAGGCCCUCACGCCCUCUCGGGGCCCUGGGAGCCCGAGGCCUUCAAAGCGGCCGAGCCAGAGCCCUCUGCCCAGCCGAGGGGCCCAUCCGGGACCCCGCUGAGCUCCCCCGUCCCAGGAGUCCUGGAAGGAGACCAGGCCACUUUGGUGGAGGAGGUGCGGGAGGUGGGCGACCCCGAGGGGACGGAGCACGUGGACUCUGUCGCCCCCGCAGAGGCAGGCCAGACGCAGGAGUGUGAGCUGCAGGGAGAGGAAGAGAGAGAAGGAGACGAAGAGGGAGGGAGGGAGGAAGACCAGGCUCCGAGCCCCUCGCUGAAGUGUGAGAGUGAGGAGUGGACCCAGCCUGAGGCAGACGCACCCUGCCUCGACUCGGAGGACAGCUCUGUCUCCGGGAGAGACCCAAAGGAGGUAAAGGACGAGGAUGGAGGGAGUGAGGUGGAUGCAGAUGAAGGGAUGGAGAUGAAGGAGUGUGGCGAGGGUCCGUAUCUCUCCGAGGUCGACCCCCCAGCCAGCGAGAGCGAAGACGGCUAUGGCACCAACUCCCAGCGGUACACCACCGCCGACUCCACCGCCAGCAGCCCCGCCUCCUCCCAGUUUUCAAUGUGUAGUGAAGAUCAGGAGGCUUUACAGGCACAGAAAAUCUGGAAGAAGGCCAUUAUGCUGGUGUGGCGCGCAGCGGCCAAUCACAGGUAUGCAAGUGUAUUUCUGCAGCCCGUGUCUGACGACAUCGCUCCCGGCUACCACAGCAUUGUCCACAGGCCUAUGGACCUAUCAGCGAUCAAGAAGAACAUCGAGACGGGACAGAUCCGCACAACGGCCGAGUUCCAGCGGGACAUCAUGCUGAUGUUUCAGAAUGCUGUCAUGUACAACAGCUCGGACCACGAUGUCUACCACAUGGCACUGGAGAUGCAGCGCGAUGUCCUGGAGCAAAUCCAGCAGUUUCUAGCCACGCAGCUCAUCAUGCAGACCUCAGAGUCGGGCAUCAGCGCCAAGAGCCUGCGUGGGCGAGAGGCCAACCGCAAGCAGGACGCCAAUGACAAGACCCUGAGCCCAGCACACAAAGAUGCACAUUUAGAGCCAGAAUCACCUGCCAUGCCCAGAAGGAAAAGGAACAACUCCAAACAAGACACUAAUGAAAAGGAUGGAGGCACAAGGGGGCGCCGCAGUGCCAUAGAGGCUGACAUGAAGAUGAAGAAAUGAGAUGAUGGUCGAAGAAGAAGAAAACCCCCGAUGGCUCGAUGGACUUACCCGUCUGUAAAAAAAAAAUCCGAUGCCGGAUUCCGAUAGAGUUGGCGCAGACAGCUGGCUCUUGUCACAGAAGAGGUGUUUGUCAGACUGAUUCAGACAAGUGUUCUGCUCUGUACAGUCAAGAACUCCUGCUUAGGGCAUAAAGCUUCAUUUUCGAGAUGGUUACAAUCAUCAGCCUUUAUUCUUUGAUCUGGAAUGUACCACUCUCCAUCAGCCCAUGAUCAAAGCGUCCUGAAGCCUCUGAGCGUUGGCACCAAGAGUCCACAGCUGGCGUUGCCUGCGGGGACGUGGUGUAGGAAGAACGUUCCUCUGGCCUGAUAACUGGGGAUACAGCUCGACUCCGGCUCAUGUCUGUGUGUGGAGGUGUUUGUAGCAGGCUGGUUUGUGUAAUUUUGUUUAGACUUCCUUCAACAAUAUUGUCCUUUUUAAGACGAUGUUCUCAUUAGGAUUGAGAGCAGUAGUGGCCCUUCUGUCUUUAAUCAGUAAUAUUUCUGUGCUGAAUUGGCUGUGAAUUGGCUAUAACUUGAUCCCUGUGAACUGACUCUUUACAUUUCAGCAGGGGUGCACUAACUUAGAGAUUAAAUUAUCCAUGAGUUGUGACAUGAGCACUAAAACAUUAAGUUAGCUCUAAUGUAUAAAUGUUUAUCAAAAUUACAAUUGUCUUCAGUAUAAUUAUGUAAAUAAACAUUUUCUGCUUGUUUUGUGAGCUGCUAACAGAAAUUAGUUUCUACAUAAUCUGCCAUUCCCUAGUAAGUGCUCUCCAGUCCAUAAAGACUGUAAGGGUUAUGCGCUGCCCCCCGCCCGCCUUUCUGGAAUCCAUGACUUGUGAAUACAUCAGUAGAAGCCUGAAUCUUUAAGGUAAAGGGCCUGUAAUGUCUUUGUUAUAUAGUUGGACAAGUGCAAGUAAAGUUAGUGUUACCAAAGCACAGUUAGGACUUUCGAAGGCAGUGUUGUCUGUGUAGUGUGGUUUCUUAUGUAUAAGAACUGUUGAAGGGAGCAGUACAUACUGUUUUAGUAGGCUAAUUCUGGCAGCUGGCUUAGACGAGGAGACUCUUCCCUCACUUGGGUAUUUACACUGUGAAUCUUGCCUGGUAAACCCAAGGUACAGCUUACAUACCUCUUAAAUUACAUUGUAAUCGUUCCUUACCCUCCCCUGAAAAGCUCAAUUCUGCCUAUUGCUCCUUGAGCUGUAAAACACUAAUAAACUUAAAUAUCAAUUUA